AUGUUUUCAAAACAUAAAAGGAGAAAUAAUAUCUCUUCUAUAAACAAUUAUAAUAAAUAUAAUAAUACAGUUAAGUUGGAUGAAAGAGGCCUUCAAGAUUCGUUAAAGGCAGCACAGAUAAUCUUUCAAAGACAUACUACUAAUACUAACAACAAAGGCAGUAGUAGUAAAGAUAAUAAUAAUGUAUAUGGUAAUAACGUCUCUUCGGCUUCCACACCAUGUACUAUUUCUCAAAGCAAAGAAAGCAAUAAGAAUAAUAAUAAUAUAAAGAGGCUUCCGAGAAAUCAAACAAAUACCAAAUCCAUACCUAUAAUAAAACAUAACGAUACCUCUUUAAAUAACACUAAUAAUCAAAUUAAAAGAAGACAACAAAAUAGCACUCAAGAAGAUAUGGUUAAUCCGCCAUCUAGAAGAAAGAAUGAACAUCAUUCAAAUCAUCAUGAUGAUAUAGUAAAACUCCGUCCGCCUAAUCAAUUGCCUAUCUCGUUACAAUCUAGCCGUUCUCCCUCGCCAAGUAAUGACAGUGUUAAUAGUAGUAGUGGUAACACAUCUGUAUGUGAAUCCUUAGUUGAUAAUGCAGAUUAUGAUGAUCUUUCAGCUCAAUCCCCAGUUGACCGUUACAUUGAUACGCCAAAACAAUAUUUAAAUCCUUCUUCUGAUUUUACAAAAUCUAUAUGUUUAGGAAAUAAUAAUUUAAAGGGGAAUAAUAUACAAGUCUCUAAAAAUAAUAACUUAAACAACAUAUAUGGAUGUGAUGCUAGUCUGUUACAAAAAGAUAUACAGUCUAAAGGGAAAUUAUUAAAAGAUAAGCAAACUGAAUUAAAUAUACCAAGGCAACAGAUUUUGGGAACUAAGAUAAAUGAAAAUAAUGCUUCACAGUUAGGCAAUCCAAAUAACCAAGAGCUCAGCAAUUCCCAUUAUUUCCCAUCUGCUAGUAAACAUUAUCGUAUACCUCCACCAAUAUUGGUUAAUUCUAAGGCGGUCGAUUCGAUGAACUCUCUUAAUCUAGUCUCUUCACUUACAAACAAUGAAAGCAACGCAAGUACUAUAAAUGAUUUGUUUAUGUCUUCAUUAGAAUCUAUAUCUGCAAAUAAUAGUUAUAGAUCCUUUCAAGAGGAAGAUUAUACUAACUAUAAAAAUGAACAAAAUGAAUGGAUUAAUAAAAAUAUGAGAAAAAAUGGGUCUCAAGAGUUAUUCUUACAAAAAUCUUUCAAUAGUGAUAGUGAUUUCAACAACGCCACUAGUGAUCAUAUUAAAAACUAUAAUAGUUCAGAAGAUGAAGCUAGCUCUGAAAGUGAGAUUGAUGAAAGAGAUUAUGAUGAUGUUGAUAUUUUUACAUUGGGGUCGGUAGAUCCAGACAACAUAUCAGCAGGUUCUUUUUCGGAUGAUGAUAUCUUAAUUAAUAAUGGUGUUAGAAGUCCUCAAAAAUCUAAAAAGAGUAAAGGGGAAAAGGUUAAGAAGAUUGGUAAAAUUUUGAAAGUUACUGGUAAAAAAGUGCAUGUACCAGAUUUGAAGACAAAGGAGGAUAAAUCUCCAACUAAUUUUCCGAUUCGUUUAAAAGAAACAAUGAGACAGGACACCAGUAAAUCUUUCAACGAGGAUAAGCCAUGGAAAAAGCACAAAGAUGCGAAAUAUAUUGAGGAAAAUGAUAGGAAAAGAUACGAAGGUGUAUGGGUUCGUAAUAGGUUUGCUUAUUUGAACCUAUUGCCAUGGUGGCCACAAGAUACCUCUGAUAGAAAUGACAGUAAUUUGAAUGAUAGUAACAAGAUAGUUGGUGAUGAUAAAGAGGCUAGUGAAGACUCUACUCUUCAUAAAUCCACUUCAAGUGAUUCUGAAGAUAUUGAACCCUUUGUGGAUUUGCCAGAAGAUGGGUUAAUAUUGAAUCUUGUUGUGAAAGCUAUUUGGCAAAGAUCUAACUUACCUAAUGAGACAUUAUUUCAAAUAUAUAAUUUAGUAGAUACUAGACAAGAUGGAACUUUGGAUCGUAGGUCAUUCAUUGUUGGAAUGUGGUUAGUGGAUCAAUGUUUAUAUGGAAGGAAGUUACCGGAGGAAGUUCCACCAAUAGUUUGGAAUAGUGUAGACAGUUACACAAUGAAUUUAAUUCAAGUACGGAUGGCACAUGAAUCCAAACAAAAACAAAAGAAGAGUAAAAGAAAAUUAAUGAAGAGAGAGCUUAGGCACAUUAAACAAGGAAUUAAGCAUGUUCAUUUGUGA